AUGGCUCUCGGGAAGAAACUAAGUUGCUUAUGGACCUUAGGUCUCUGUCUGGUAGCCAGUAAGCCUUUUUCCCUCCCCUCCAUCACAGACCAGAGUUUCAUAGACCAGUGUGUCAAGGCUCACAACGAAAUGCGUGGCAAAGUCCAACCCACCGCGGCCAACAUGAAACACAUGACUUGGGAUGAAGGUUUAGCAAAGACUGCUAAAGCAUGGGCAAACAAGUGCAUAUUUAAACACAACACCUGUUCAGGAACACCACGUAAAUGCCAUCCAACUUUUGACUAUGUUGGAGAAAAUCUCUGGCUGGGAGGAUUAAGCAUAUUCACACCAAACUCAGCUGUUGCUGCUUGGUAUAAUGAAACUAAAUAUUAUGAUUAUAAUAGACAACGUUGUUCCAAAAUUUGUGGCCAUUAUACACAGGUAGUUUGGGCCAAUUCAUAUAAAGUUGGUUGUGCAGUCACACUUUGUUCUAAUUUGGGGAGAGGUCAAACUUCAAUAUUUGUAUGUAACUACGGACCUGCAGGAAAUUAUGCAAAAACACUCCCUUAUGCUAAAGGAGUAUCCUGCACUAUGUGCGGAAAAGAAGACACUUGCAAAAACAAGCUCUGCGAAAAUAAAGAACGUGAUAAACUUCAAAACUAUCCAAAUUGGAUCCCACAGGGGAAAGCACCUCAGCAGAGAGCAUGUCAUCUACUGUACCUAAUUUAUGUUCUGCUGAGAAUGCUUUAA